GUUUAAAAGUGGUACUACCGCAAUCUUUAAAAACAGAGGAACACCCUUUAAAAAAAAAAAAAAAAAAGGUUUGUCUAAAUGAAUUACUCAGAUAAGUCAACAUGUUUCCUAAGCUGAAAAGAAAACACCUCCAAUGCUUAAUACUAUUUUGUGUAAGUUAAAAAGAAGGUUUGGUACUCCGUUAUAGCAGUACUCGUCACAGUAGCACAUGCUGCCUACACUAGUAAUAAAAUUAACAGCUUUAAAAAGAGUGAACUUUAAACUUUGUGACUCUGCAGUAUACAAAGAUCAAGGCAGUAACUUACGUAACUCUUAUUUGAAGAAACCUGAUCCUUCCACUCACCCCUUCCAUUUUGUGAGUUAGCACUUUCUUUUGGGAUCACAUUCAGUGGUAACUGUCCUCACUGAGCUCUUGUGACUUGCCUCUACUAUCUUGCACACUUGCUGUACUACAGUAUCACACAUGGCUAAUGAAUCAAGGCCCUGCCCAUGUGAUAUCGGAGACAGGUUUGACUAUGGAGGCCGUGGGCAGGAAGUACAAGUGGAGCACAUCAAGGCGUAUGUUUGCAAAGCAUCUGCCAGCACAGACAAAGCUGUGAUUGUGAUUCAUGAUAUAUUUGGAUGGCAACUCCCAAACACCAGAUACAUAGCUGAUAUGCUUGCUGCUAAUGGAUACAUAGCUAUCUGCCCAGACUUUUUUGUGGGACAAGAGGCUUGGAAACUUUCUAAUGACUGGGCAUCUUUUGAUGACUGGCUGAAAACCCGAAGUGCUGGCAAAAUAGACAAAGAGGUUGAUGUCAUCUUGAAGUAUCUGAGGGAACAGUGUGGUGCAAAGAAGAUUGGUGUCAUUGGGUUUUGCUGGGGUGGAGCAGCAGUACAACAUCUGAUGCUGAAAAAUCCUCAUUUAAAGACAGGGGUGUCCCUCUAUGGAGUGAUCAAGUUCUUUGAGGACAGAUGCAGUUUGCUUCAUCCCACCUUCUUCAUUUUUGGUGAGAAGGAUGACAUCAUCCCAUUGGAGCAGGUCACCCUGUUGGAGCAGAAGCUUAAACAAAACUGUAAAGUGGAUUAUGAAGUUAAAGUUUACCCUGGACAGACGCAUGGGUUUGUACAUCGCAAAAGAGAAGAUAUCAAUCCUCAAGAUAAACCUUUUAUUGAGGAGGGAAGAAAGGAUAUGAUCAACUGGCUGAAUAAAUAUCUUUAGCAUAAAUAAGUGCCCAUAAAAUAAAUAAUCGUAUGAAAUCAGAAAAUAAUACAGACUAUAUUGAUUAAAAUGUUCUUAAAACCAUCAAAAUAUUU